CGCUGCGCUGCCUGCAAGUUAACCAGUGUGUCGGGUCUCUCGUCUAUCGGUGGUGUUAGUACGCGUCUGUUUCAACUCCCAGCCUGACAUAUUUUUUUUUUUUUUGUGUGUGUGUGUGUGUAACCACGCCUACACAGUGGCUGCCAAGGCUUACCCAUGAGUUAAACCUUCUUUAGUUGGUAAUGAGGAAGGCGUGGGCUCUAGCAGUGGACACCCGAAGGCAGCAGUGGGUGAAAACAAGCAAAAUAAAGAAAAGUUUGGCUGUGAGAAGGUGUUAGACAGCCAGCCAUAGUGACAAGGAGGCACCACCACCAUCACCACCACAGGGAAGGUGCAGCGCUGGUCAACCUCGCCAAGAUCAAGACCGCCUGACGUGGAGCAUCUGGUGUGUAUCUACCAAACAAAAACAAUACACAAUACAGCUCCUCAUUGACACAGGAUGAGAAGGUGGCAGAUAGCAGUGUUGCUGGUGGUGGUGGGGGUGGUGGUGACCCAGGGCCUCCCAGUCAAGGAGAAGAAGCCCAUACCUGAAGAAGAGAAGAAGUCUGCAGAAGUACAUGAGGGAGUUGGCACAGAUGACUGGGAGUUGAACCUGGAGUAUGGCAGGUACCUGAAAGAGGUGGUGAAUGCCCUGGAGAGUGACCAGGCCUUCAGGAAAAAAUUGGAGACAGCUGAGGUGGAUGACAUUAAGUCAGGUAAAAUUGCCCGAGAGCUGCACUUUGUCGACCACAAUGUACGGACAAAGCUGGAUGAGUUGAAGCGGCGGGAGUUGGAGCGGCUGCGGCACCUUGCUGUCAAGGAACACGAGAAGGAGGUGGGGGUGGACCGCAACCUCCUGAAGGUCCCCGUGCACAUUGAUCAUCGCAAUCCCACACGCUUCGAGGUGGAGGACCUGAAGAAACUUAUAGUCAAGACCACAGAGGACCUGGAAAAGGUAGACCAGGAGAGGAAGAAGGAAUUCAAGAAAUAUGAGUUGGAGAAAGAGUAUAUGAGACAGGAAGAACUGCAGCAUCUGGAUGAGACCCACCGCAAGGAGGCUGAGGAGAAACACCAGCAGGAGAUGAAGCAGCAUAAACAACAUGAAAAGCUUCACCAUCCAGGCUCCAAGCAGCAGCUAGAAGAGGUAUGGGAGGAGCAGGACCAUAUGCAGCCAGAAGACUUUGAUCCCAAGACCUUCUUCCAUCUUCAUGACUUGGAUGGGAAUGGUUACUGGGACCAGACAGAGGUGAAGGCACUCUUCAAAAAGGAGCUGGACAAGAUGUACGACCCCAAUGCGCCUGAGGACGACAUGAUGGAACGCUAUGAGGAGAUGGAGCGCAUGAGAGAACACGUCUUCCAGGAGUCUGAUAUAAACAGAGACAAUCUCAUUAGUUUCAAGGAGUUUGUGGACCAGACAAAACGUGCAGACUUUGAGCAGGACAAUGGGUGGCAGGGGCUGGAUGAGGAGGAGCUUUACUCACAGCAGGAAUAUGAGGAGUACCAGCGGCAGCGGCACGAGGAGAUUCAGAGGCUGGUGGAGGCUGGAGCGAUUCCCCCCCCACCUGGCUAUCAUGGGGCACCAGCCAUCCAACCAGCUGUUUACCAGGGGGCACCCCACCCAGGUCUAGCCCACCCAAAUACCUUGCAGCAGGGGUACCAAGCAGUACCUCAGGCACACCAGACAGUACCACAGGUGUACCAAGCAGUACCACAGGGGUACCAAGCAGUACCACAGGGGUACCAAGCAGUACCACAAGGGUACCAAGCAGUACCACAGGGGUACCAAGCAGUACCACAGGGGUACCAAGCAGUACCACAUGGUUAUCAGGCAGUACCCCAAAGCCAUCAGGCACCACCUCAAGGAUAUCAGGCAGUGCCUCAGCAGGUGCAGUAUUCUAGCAAGGACCCAGCCCAGCUAGCCCAGCAAGGACAGGCUCAUCCUGCACAGCUUCAAGCUGGACAGGUUCACCCAGCCCAGGCUCAGCAAGCUCAGCCAGCACAGGUUCAACAAGCUCAGCCAGGUCAGGUUCAGCAAGCCCAGCCAGGGCAGGUUCAGCAGGCUCAGCCACCACAGGUUCAGCCACCACAGGCAGUCAAUGCUCAGCAAGGGCUUCCUGCUCAGCAACAACCAGGCCAGGUUCAGGGAGUGCCUGGCCAGGUUGUUCAAGGUCAGCAUCCUGAAGUGAUGAAGGCACCUGUGGCAGGGCAGGUUCCUCAGCCUCCACAGCCUGUAGCAGGACAGGGGGUGGCAGCCCAGCCGCCUCAGCCUGCUGCGGCCCAUCAUUAAGGCAAUACUCUCCUUCCCAAUGAAUCAUUGCAUCACCUUCCAGAUCACCAAGAUGGAUUGUUUUGAAAUAACUUAACUAUUCUGGUAAUCCAGUCAGACUGGACUGAUCUUGCUAACUGCAUGCCUCCCCUCCUUCCGCGGCCUCGCUGCACAAGACUUUCUUCUUUCUCUCACCCCUAUUCUGUCCACCUCUCUAAUGCAAGAGUUAACCAGUAUUCUCAAUCAUUCAUCCCUUUCUCUGGUAAACUCUGGAACUCCUUGCCUGCUUCUGUAUUUCCACCUUCCUAUGACUUGAAUUCCUUCAAGAGGGAGGUUUCAAGACACUUAUCCACCAAUUUUUGACCACUGCUUUGACUCUUUUAAGGGACUGGCAUUUCAGUGGGCAUUUUUUUUAGUAGAUUUUUGUUGCCCUUGGCCAGUAUCCUUCCUAUAUAAAAAAAAAAAAAAAGACAAAAUUUAAUAUUGAACACUGUUUAAUAUUUUAAGCCUUUCAUCUUUCUUCCAUUUCAUCUUACCAUUAUCAUACUCUCUGUUUGGGACACUGCUUCUCUGGUCAAGUGCAGAAUCUCACCUCAAUACUGAUUUGAGUUAAAACUAGCGUGGAACGCUUCGUUACGUUGAAAAAUAAAGAAAAUUUUAAACACUUGAUAAAGCACAAUAACAGUCCUUUAAUGGUAAUAUAAAAGACCUGCACAAGGAUAACCUACUUCAUUAUUGGUGGAAUUAAUGAAUGUUAGGUGGUGACAAACUUAAAGAGGGGAAAUUAAGAAUAAUACCCCCAAGCAAAUUCUACCAUUACUAAUAGUAUACAUGCAUGUGUUGGCUACACCGGAUACUUUCAUUUUACUAUACACUCUACGUAUAUGUGUAUGUGGACUGAAGCCCAUGUCAGACAAGCUGAAAUGCCCUUCAUAACAUUCACCAUUCAAGAGGCUGGUAAUGAACAUGCUGAAGCUUUUCCUGGGAAAAUAUUAUUAUAUACAUUUUAUUAAUUAAGUCUUCCAAAAUGUAUCAGUAAAACUUUUCAUUGCUUGCCUCCUAACAUCUUUAUAGAAUUAUUCAUUUUAGGCAGUUCAUUCAGUUUGUUUUAAUAGAAGGUACAACCUGAAAAUGUUACGGCAUAAAGACUGAACAUGUCAAGUCCUUUAAUCUACAGUUGUGUAAUAGAAUGUAACGUGGUAUACAAAAUAUUAGGUAUUUUUAUGCUUCAGUAUUUUACAGAAGUUAUCUCACAAAGCAUCUCUAGUGUCUCAUGUUCUUUGGGUUGGUUUUCAAGGGAAGACUCUGGGAAUGAUGUGAUCUUUCUUAAGACUAUUUUUUCUCUGUAAGUUAAUUGUACUGUUUUUUUUAAAUGCUCUCUUUAAAAUACUCUUUCUCAUUGAUCUUCUUUGCUUUGAAUAUUUCUUUUGUAUAGUAUUUUGAUUUGUUUCUUUUUUCACUCAUAUUCCAAUUAAUGCGAAACUCUACUGUUACAAUAAUUAAUGUACUGUGGAUAGUUUUGUGAUGUGAUAAUUUGUUAGUUUUUGUAUAAUAAUGUAUUUUAUGGUUGUGUUACUGAUUUUAUGAUUCAGUACAAGUGUGCUAAAAUGUAUUUUAAAAAAUCUGAAAACCAAAUGUCUUCAGUGUCUACACAGUGGUACUGUAUUAUCCUAUAUAGGAGAGUCACACUUUAUUGUAAUGUUGAGUGUGACAUACAGCUCAAAUGUCUUAAUUCCACAAACACUAUUGAGAAGGCAAGGUAAUUAAAAUGGUGGCUGAUAAUUAUCACAAGUUUUAUUUGGUGCAUUGGUGUGAUGUGCCUCAGUGUGUGCAUUACUUACGGGGUUAUAAAUAGUGGGUUAGUGGGAAAGGGAGACUUAGCAGUGUCUUGACAAACUCUUAGUGUUGUGUGUGAUGAGCAGAGUACAUUUCUUAUAUAGCACACUCUUGGCCACAGGGUAAAGUGUAGUCAUGGCAGGUGUUUUCUUUAAUACAUGUAUCACUGAUACAAUUAACAAGCAAAGGAUAAGAAAAAUCAGGUACAAUUUUAUUUUCAUGGUUUCUUAGGUAAAUCAUCAAACAUUUUUACAACUAAAAUUUAAAAGAGACAUUAAGUACAUACUAACUCACAAGCAACCUGAAGACUUAGAGAGCUCUCCAGGUGGAAGCUCUUAGUGUCAAACAGUGAUCAGGAUGAUGUUUUCUAUUUGAUUGAUAGUGCUUGAAAUCUAAUUCACCUGUUUGUAUUGUAUUAAAUAUUGUAGGAGAAUGACAUGAAAAUUUCUUUGGUGUUUUGAGCAGCUAUAAGAUCAAGAUAUGGAGUGUGAUAAAGGCACCACCAGGAAGGUACGCAGACACCCUAAGGUCACUUGGAAACCAAACUAGAAAUUUGUCUGGAGAUUAAAUCAAAUACAUCUUUUCAUAAUGCAUGGUCAGCACUGAGGCAUUAUCAAUGAAUGUGUUAGUACAUAGAAAAUUCAGACUUUUCAACGUUGGUAAAAUUUCUUAAAUACCUUUAUGAAAUAUUUUUAAAGGAAAUUAUAAGAAUUGUUAUCUGUUAAUUAUGACAGGUAUAGCAAGAUAUUAAAAAUCUUUCUCUAAGAA